AGGGAGCGGGAGGGAGCGAGGGGAGACUCGGCGCCCUCCCUCCCUCCGCGCACACGGCGACUGCGGGCGGACGGCGAGCAGCGCGCUGGGAGAGCAGAGACCACCGAGAGCAGCCGCUCGCACACACACCCACAGCGGCUCCUCUCCCCACCUCCUCCUCCUCCACCCCCACCACUAACACCAUCUCCUCCUCCUCCUCUCUGCAACAAGAAAAAAAAGCCAUUUACAGUUGUAACAGUUGGAGGAUAAUGCAAAAGAAGACGCAGCCUGGGAAUUCUCCGUCUGUGGAAAUGCGCCCCCGAGAGGAAUAAAACACUCCUCGCCUUGCGGUCCCCCCACGACCCGCCCCCUCCCGCCUCGCCCCCACACCAUCGCCCCCUCCCCGCCCCGCCCCCACCCAGGUGUCGGCCCGGGCGGUACCCACCUCCACCCUGCACCCCUUCUUCCCGCCCUGCGCCAUGAACACCAACGUCUGCGUGGAGCCCGGGCCGAGCCCGGAGGCGCCGGGCCUCCCCAAGGACAGCCACCUGCCCGAGGGGGCCCUCAACAGCCUUGUGGAUUACAACUCGGAGAUGGAGCGCUACCGCUCCUUCGCCAGCUCCUUCUACAAGACGGGCGGGGGCGCCUUCCCGCAGGCCGCCAAGAUUGCGCGCAUCACCACCCCCAUCUUCCCAGGCAGCGCCGCCGCCGCCGCGGCCGCCGCGCGCAUCGGCAUGUCCCCCUGGAGCUGCGACAACGCGGCCACCGCCGCCGCCGCCACCGCCAUGCUCUGGGGCAGCGGGGGGGGCGGGGGCGCGGGCGCGGGCGCGGGCAGGAAGUCCUCCUCCGCCGCCGCCGCCGCCGCCGCCGCCCCCGCCGCCUCCUCCGCGGGGCUCCCGGCGGGCGGGGGCGGCGGCGGGGGCGGCGCGGGCGGCGGGGGCGGCCGGACCCCCGUGCACCACCGGAACGACUCCCCGCGGCUGGGCAAGGCGGGCUGCGCGCCCGAGCCGGCGCUGCAGAUGGCGAACACGAACUUCCUCUCCGGCCUGUCCCCCGAGCACUGCAGGCCGCUGGCGGGCGAGUGCAUGAACAAGCUCAAGUGCGGCGCGGCCGAGGCCGAGAUCAUGAACCUGCCCGAGCGCGUGGGCACCUUCUCCGCCCUGCCGGCCCUGGGGGGCCUCUCGCUGCCCCCGGGCGUCAUCGUCAUGACGGCGCUCCCCUCCCCCGCCGCCGCCUCGGCCGCCGUCUCGGACAGCGCGUUCCAGAUCGCCAACCUGGCGGACUGCCCGCAGAGCCACUCGUCGUCGUCGUCGUCGUCGUCGGGGGGCGCCGGCGGGGCCAACCCCGCCAAGAAGAAGAGGAAGCGCUGCGGGGUCUGCGUGCCUUGCAAGAGGCUCAUCAACUGCGGCGUCUGCAGCAGCUGCAGGAACCGCAAAACGGGACACCAGAUCUGCAAAUUUAGGAAAUGCGAAGAGCUAAAGAAAAAACCCGGCACUUCGCUAGAGGGAUGAAUUCUCUGGACGCCAUGCUUUCCAGCAGCCGGAAGGAGAGCGGGGCUGCAGGCUUCCCCCGGGCCUCGGGGAGCAGGCCGCUGUGUUGUGUCUACACCUGCAGGAGCAGUGAAGGCCGCCUUACACACUGCUGAGCGACUCAGUUCUGUCCUUUUCCUCCAUCCCCUUCCCUUCCCGUCACUCAGGAUAACGACUUCCUGCGAGCAUCAUUGAGAUCCAGUCACUAUAAUCUCAUCAGGAGCUGAUUCCCCGGCUGGGACUCUUGAAUUUAUAUAACCCAAAGGUAGCUGGUCAGGUGUUUAGAGCCCGUGCUGGCGUGCUGAGCUCCCGAGCCCUUUAAAACAGAGGACCUCUUACAAAGACGACCUCAUUCGUUAACAAAAUUACAGAAGAUAUGCCCCCAAGUUAAUACAGACUUAAUCAAAACCUGUAAUUUAGCCCAAUACGUUACCUGUGAAAACAGUGUUGCUUCACCCAUCUUGAAAGGAACUUAGACCAGGCCUAACGUAGACUUCCGGUGAGCCUGAUGAAAACUGGGCCGGAGGUUGGCUGUGCAUCGUGAGUUUCAUGUGGCCUGUGGGAACUAAGGAGUUUUGUUACUUUUUUAACCCCGAAAUAAAACUGUUGGAGAAAGCUCUCUUCAAAUUUCUGGUGAAUGCCUUGAUAAUUUGUUCUAAUUAGUGCACCAGUGGUUUUUCUAACUUUUCUUACAUAUUUUAGAUGCUUUCCCAACUAAUCAUUUUUAGGCUUCAUGAUCUCAAAGAUCUUAAUAAAAGAGAGAAAUAAUUUUUGAAAAAUACUUCCCUGCUUGUCACCCUACAGCAGUGGCUUGUCCAUAGCCUUGUAUGUGGACAUACCGCUGGUCUCAACGUGUGCAGAGUGACACGUACACAUCAUGUACUGUUUUGUGACAGAUCAUGUUAGUAGAAAACCAGCUCUCUCCUUUUCUUGCAUUUGCAUUAUCUAAUUAAUUUUUUGUGCUAACAAGCAUUGAGAAGUGAUUAUCUUUUUCCUUACAACAAUGACCUUUGAUCUCAGGUGGCAUUUUAUAAAGCCUGCUUUUUCGGAAUAUUGAAAAUAACACUGCGUAGUGAAGGGGGCACAUGAAGAGCAAAGAGCUGGAAAAGAAAUUUAAAAAUAUGUCUAAGACAUAAGGAGUUCAUCUCAUUUAAAAAAAGGACCUCGUAUACUUUUUCUGUUUAUCUUCAUAAACAUGUAUGUUCAUCAAGAUACAAAAUUAUGUAAGUGUAUACUUGCAAUCUUGUUUCCAGUUGGCAUCUGAGAAGAGCUUGGCAUGUCUGUGUCAUAUACUCCACACGUAAAUGUGAAUAGCUACGAAUGUACGUGCACAUGUUUAUUUUUCGUACGUGAAUCUGUAAUUGCACGGAUACGCUUGGACCUAACUAUCUUGUUAAAAACGACUGCGUUUAUAUAAGUAUGCCUACUUAGAUGAAAUUUAUUCUUAGUUGGCAGCAGGCAGCAAGUUAGCAUCUGGUAUAAACUUUUAAGUUUUCAUUUACUGCUUGUGUGCGUGUGGGUGUCAAACAUGAAUAUUAGAAUGAACAUGUUUCUUAUUCAUAUAAUUCCUUUAAUAAUUGUUAAAUAAGUGUAAUGAGCAUAUCUGAUUAUUAAAUUUAUCAUUCAGAAGUUAAUUUUAGAAAGUGUUAAAGGGGUUUUUCUCACCAACCAAAUCAGAUGAUGGGGAUCCAAGUAGCACAGUGAGCUGGAGAGAAGAAAAUAGAUGAGAUCAGAGGAGUGAGGAGUAAAAUAUUAAUAAGUACUGUUUUUAUGGGAGUAAUGGACCUUUUUGUUUGUGCUUUUAGAAAAUACUUCACAAGUUAAGUAUUUUUGUAUAUACGCGUAUACAAACUUAGAUCAGAUAUCAUUAGUUCUUAGCACAGUCAUUUUGAAAUUUAUGUUGACUGUGAGGACAAUUAUUUAAAAAUUCUUUUUAGUGCAGAUUCUGAAACCAGCUUUGCUUUCAGAAAUGGUUGUAUUAUUCAUUUAAAUUUCAAUUGACAUCUUAAUCAAUUAGUACACUUUUAUUUUUAGACAACAUUUCUACAGUAGGACUGUGUCAACCAAAUAAGUCAUGUGUGAGAAAGUAAAUAAAAGCUAACCUCAAUUAUUGAAGAGUGUUUGUAGUUGACUUUUUCAUGUAUUUUCUGAAAUGUGAAAUUCAAGUGCUGUUGACACUGUCUCUGUGUUUACAAGAUGUGUGUGUGUGUACAUGUUCCUCUAUACCUACUCAAUAUUUCGGUGACAUUCAAUAUACCAAUUUAUGUACUUAUUUAUUUUUAGCAUCCAUCUUAUAGUCUACACAGCUUGUUGGACUGGUCUAAGGAAUAAAAUCAACUCUUUCUCAUUUGCCCCUAUAGGAAAAUUUACUCUUAGCUUGUUUCUUAUGUACCUUAUGUACCAGUAUGUACUCAUGUGAUUCUGUUUUAUAAUGAAGAGUGUGGUAUGAUGAAUUACUGUAAUGCUAAUGUAGAGAGGAAAAUUCAAUAGCUCAACUACUGUUUAUCUAACAAAAAAACACAUGGUAACUAUAAGCUUUUGUUUAAAGGAUUGCUUAUACUUUUAUUGCUAGCUUAUUACUCCUUUGGAAAACUGUGGUAUUUUUAUGGUACAAAAGGAUGGUUAUGCUCCAUUGAGUAUCAUUGGUUAGUAUAAGUUUUUUUCAUAUAUAUGACGUUAAUUUGUUGAAAACACAGACUUACUUUAAAAUAGUGCUAUAUUUUGUCAUAAUAUUUCUGAUUAGAUCAUACGUAGGAAUGUUUAGCAUUAGUAGUGUUAAGUGAUAGAGGUAAUAUUGAUGUAAUAUUUGAUGUAAAAAAAUUCUCCAGAAUAAAGAAAGUACUUUCCUGAUUUCUAGCCAUCACCCUUUCACAGGAUGUGCAGGUAACUGACUGCUGUCCCUGUUCUAGGCUGUUUUCUGUGUUUUUUAGACCGAUGUGUUUUAAUCAUUAUAUUCAGUUAAUUAGCAUUAAAUUCAAUAUCCUAAUUUUUGUAAUAUUUUAAGAUUGAACAUUUCUUUUUUUUAUUAAAUGUUGAAAUAUAC